AUGGCGUCGGUCCGAUUCACCGUGACUCCCACCAAGGCCGAGGACCUCCCAGGGCUGUCGGACACGUCGCCUGACCUCAGCUCCCGUCCGUCCAACCGAGUCCACUUCGGCUCCAGGGAGAGUGUGAAUCGAAGCGAGCCGCUCAGCGAAGCAGGUGUGACCGUCGCAGCAGGAGGAGGGGCCGAAUCACCCGACCACUGCAGCAUAGAGCAAGGUGAAGGCAUAGCGCUGUUGAACAACAUGCGAGUCUAUGGCAGCAUCUGUCUCAUCCUGAUGGCCUUACUGGUCUUUGUGGGCGUUAAAUAUGUGAACAAACUGGCUUCCAUCUUCUUGGCCUGUGUCAUCAUCUCCAUUGUUUCCAUCUACAUCGGAGCUUUUGUCUCUGCCUUCAAACAGCCGGAUUUUCCUGUGUGCAUGCUGGGGAACAGAACAAUCAACGGCCAUGAUAUUGAAGACAACUAUUGUAGUAAAACCAUCUUAGUGCAGACAACAGAGAGUAUUGACAGUAACUUCACAGCUAAUUAUGACAACAGCACAGCUGGACCAACAUAUGUCCCCCCCAUCUACGGCCCUGCUGUAGUGGAGACAACAUUUCUGUGGGGACAUUUCUGCAGUGGCCCAGAACUCAACGCAUCCUGCGACGAAUACUUCACCUCCAAUAAUUUCUCUGAGAUUAAAGGGAUCCCUGGUCUGAUCAGUGGGGCCAUUUUAGAGAACCUUUGGAGCUCCUACCGCAGCAAAGGUGAUGUGAUUGAGAAGCGCUCACUUAGCUCCUCCAACGUUGGACAUCCAGCCUCCACCCAACAACCAUACGUGUUCACUGAUAUCACAACCUCCUUCAUGGUGCUAGUCGGCAUCUUCUUCCCCUCAGUCACAGGAAUCAUGGCUGGUUCUAAUCGGUCGGGGGAUCUGAAAGAUGCUCAGCGCUCCAUCCCUACCGGAACCAUCCUCGCCAUCCUUACUACCUCUAUCGUCUAUCUGAGUAAUGUUGUGUUAUUUGGCUCCUGCAUCGAAGGGGUUGUCCUCAGAGACAAGUUUGGAUAUUCAGUUAAAGGGAACUUGGUGGUCGGGACUCUGGCCUGGCCGUCUCCUUGGGUCAUUGUGAUUGGCUCAUUCUUUUCUACAUGUGGAGCAGGCCUGCAGUCUCUGACUGGAGCACCGCGACUCCUGCAGGCCAUUGCAAAAGACAACAUCAUCCCUUUCCUCCGGCUGCUGUCUGCUUACAUCAAAAUUGGCCCCUCGGAGCAGCCCACUUGGAACCUCAAACAAGGUGGUCCCAUGAAUUGGGCUGAGUGGUGGUGGGUACUGGCAGAGGGCAGGCCCUUAACUGGUGUGGUGUAG